UGAAAUUAUCAUUUUGAUGACUAUAUUUGCGAACUGCGUGGCCUUAGCUGUCUACAUCCCCUUCCCAGAGGACGACUCCAACGCCACCAACUCAAACCUGGAGCGGGUAGAGUAUCUCUUCCUCAUCGUCUUCACAGUAGAAGCCUUUCUGAAGGUAAUAGCCUACGGACUGCUCUUCCACCCGAACGCAUACCUGAGGAACGGAUGGAACUUACUGGAUUUCAUCAUCGUGGUCGUGGGGCUCUUCAGUGCUAUAUUAGAGCAGGCCACCAAAGUGGAUGGAGGGACGCCCAUAGGAGGGAAGGCAGCGGGCUUCGAUGUGAAGGCACUACGGGCGUUCAGGGUGCUCAGGCCACUCAGACUGGUGUCUGGGGUGCCCAGUGCAGCGGGAGAUUGGGAGGAGAUUCGGGGGAGGAGAUAG